CCUGAACGAUCUGAAGCUCUGGGAAGGCAAGUGCUAGGCUGUAGCUACCUUGCGCGUCUGCACACAUCUAAUACCUACAACAGUUCGCAAACGACAGCUCUUUCAACCUCCCCACACAACACAAUUAAGAACCCAUUGCAAACAAAACAGAUCUCUCAAAAUGGAGGUGUUACUAGGAAUCACCGGCAAGGACUUCACCUUAAUCGCAGCUUCUAAAGCUGCGAUGCGAGGAGCUACUAUCCUCAAGGCCUCCGAUGACAAGACAAGGUCCCUAAACAAGCACACACUAGUUGCAUUUUCCGGCGAGGCUGGUGAUACAGUUCAGUUCUCCGAGUACAUCCAAGCAAAUGCCCAACUUUACUCGAUGCGGAAUGAGACCGACCUGUCACCUACGGCAUUGGCGCAUUAUGUCCGCGGUGAGCUUGCGUCGAGCUUAAGAUCGCGGAAGCCAUACAACGUCAACCUCCUACUAGGUGGCGUCGACCCUAUCACCCACAAGCCAAGCUUGUUCUGGUUGGAUUACCUAGCAGCUUUGGCAUCCGUCCCCUAUGCCGCUCACGGUUACGCGCAAUACUACUGUCUAUCUAUCCUCGACAAGCAUCAUCACCCGGACAUGACGUUUGUUCAAGGUCUUAAGGUGCUGGAGAUGUGUACGGACGAGUUGAAGCGACGUUUACCUAUCGAUUUCAAGGGCAUGACGGUCAAGGCAGUCACUAAGGAUGGCAUUCGUGAGAUCGAAUUUAAGGAUGACAAGAUUGUCAAGUGUCCGUAAAGGGAUCAAUUUUCUAGCCGGCGACUGCAAGUGUAACAUUAAGAUCCUGGGCUGGGCUGGCUGGUGGGAAAAAGAAACCAAAAGACAGCCUAAUAAUCAAGUCGCAGGCCGGCCCUUGAGUCAGUUAUGAAGACUGCCUAACACAUCUCUCUCAUCAUUGCGCACGUGAUGAGCCCCAACUCGCCAGUUGCUUUAGACUAACUUCAUAGAAAAAAAAGGAGAGUAAUGGCUAAAGAGGGGCAGGGUCACAACGUCGAUAAGAUACCUACCUAGGUACAUUGCCUAUCAAUAUGUAGGUAUUCAGCGGCCAUCGGCUAUGAGUAUAAUGAGAAUCUGCCUCGACCAACAUUGCAAGGUAGUUUGGCUUCCUAUUCUUUUAGAGUGCAUCUAACAUUGAUGAACUAAUCAAAGAUAUAAACAAUGGUCCCUCAUCGCUCAUAUUUUGUAAAUAUGAUACUACGUGAAUGCAAUCUGUUGGCCCUAC